GGAGAGCCGGAGCGCCGACGGCAGCGGUUCCCCCCGCCGGCUAGGGAGCGGGGCGUCCCGGUUCCCUUCCUGGUGAUCGUCCUCCUCCGCCGCCGCCGUCGCCGUGACUGGGUGGAAGAUGGCGCUGGGCGGAUGGAAAUCCUCAUGACAGUCUCCAAAUUCGCCUCCAUCUGUACCAUGGGCGCCAAUGCCUCGGCAUUAGAGAAAGAGAUUGGUCCAGAACAGUUUCCAGUUAACGAGCACUAUUUUGGAUUAGUUAAUUUUGGGAAUACCUGCUACUGCAACUCAGUUCUUCAAGCACUUUACUUUUGCCGUCCGUUUCGGGAAAAAGUUCUAGCAUACAAGAGUCAGCCUAGGAGAAAAGAGAACCUUCUUACGUGCUUAGCAGACCUCUUCCAUAGCAUCGCUACGCAGAAGAAAAAGGUUGGAGUAAUUCCACCCAAGAAGUUCAUCACAAGACUGCGAAAAGAGAAUGAGCUUUUUGACAACUACAUGCAGCAAGAUGCCCAUGAAUUCUUAAAUUACCUUCUAAACACGAUUGCUGAUACUUUACAAGAAGAGAGAAAGCAAGAAAAACAAAAUGGCCGCUUACCCAAUGGCAAUAUCGACAGUGAAAAUAACAACAGCACACCAGACCCAACGUGGGUUCAUGAGAUUUUUCAGGGAACAUUAACUAAUGAAACUAGAUGUCUUACUUGUGAAACUAUAAGCAGCAAAGAUGAAGAUUUUUUAGACCUUUCUGUUGACGUGGAACAAAACACAUCAAUUACUCACUGCUUAAGGGGUUUUAGCAACACAGAAACCCUCUGCAGUGAAUAUAAAUACUACUGUGAAGAGUGUCGCAGCAAACAGGAAGCACACAAACGGAUGAAAGUUAAGAAACUGCCCAUGAUUCUAGCUCUACACCUGAAACGAUUUAAAUACAUGGAUCAACUUCAUCGAUACACAAAACUUUCUUACCGGGUAGUUUUUCCUUUAGAACUCCGUCUCUUUAACACUUCAGGAGACGCAACCAACCCUGACAGAAUGUACGACCUCGUUGCCGUUGUAGUUCACUGUGGAAGUGGUCCUAAUCGAGGCCAUUACAUUGCAAUAGUUAAGAGUCAUGACUUUUGGUUGUUGUUUGAUGACGACAUUGUAGAAAAAAUAGAUGCACAAGCUAUUGAAGAAUUCUACGGGUUGACAUCAGAUAUCUCAAAAAACUCUGAGUCUGGUUACAUCCUUUUCUAUCAGUCUCGGGACUGAAGGGAACCGCGAUGAAGAGAUACUUCCUGCCUCAUUUCUUCUCUGGUUAUUGCGGAAAGGUUCAAGCACUGAUUUCUCAAGAAAGAGAAACGCCGGAAGCUCAGGGGGCAGAAGCACACUUUGCACACAGUGAAGCAAAGACUCGAGUAAUAGCCUUCCUGUCUGGGUGGGCGCCAGAGCAACAGCCCUUCCUGUCAGGGCAGCUCUGGAGUAAUAAUCCUUGUCAGGAUGGACUCUGGAGCAACAGCCCUUCCUGUCGGGGCAGCUCUGGAGUAACAGCCCUUGUCAGGGUAGACUCUGAAGUAGAGCUCUUCCCGUCAGGGUAGACCUGGAGUAACAGCCCUUCUUGUCAGGGUAAACCAUGGAGUAACAAUCCUUCUUGUCAGGGUAGACUGUGGAGUCACAAGCCCUUCCUGUCAGGGUAGUUGAUGUGUUUGCUCAGGAAUCAUGCUGCCUGCAGUUCCAUACAAGGAGAUGACGUCAGAGAUCUCAGCGCCUCUUGGGAAGCAGCCUUCCAGCCAUUGACACACUUUCUCUCUAGUAGUUGCACCAAUAAUGACUUGAGUUCCUUGGGGGAGGGCAGUGGAAAGAAUUGGAAUCCGUGCUAGUUUGAUAACUUAAGGAGAUGAUACGGAACCACACACAUUGCCCAUGUUCAGUGUGUACAGAAACAUACUCAGUGGUCUUUUGAAACAUAAACCAGAAAUAUUUUUGGGCCCAACACUUGCAGUUGCCUUCCUGAUGUACAAAACUCACAGUUAUAAGAAUCCAGCGUCAGGAAGACAAAGACGUUUUGCUUCUCUGGAGAAGCUUAUAAUAAUAUGCAGUGUAUGUAUAUGUAGGGAACAGUUGGUCAGAGUUGGCUCUUUGUUUCCCCAAGGGGAA